UACGAGUCGAAGAAUCUCCCAAUCUUUCCUGGCCAAGUCUCCAGACUCUCAACUAAUCUUCUAUCUCUGAAUGUCGCGAGAGAGAGAGAGUAAGCUUAAAAAUCUUCUCUAAUGGAGUCGCUCACAUCAUCAAACCCUUCCUUCUCUUGUUUCUCAAAAAGCUUAUCUCUUUACCCUUCUUCUCCUCUCUCCUUCGUCAAGCUCCCUUCUUCUAUCCACAACAACAACAACACCACCAUCCCCUUAUGCUGCAAACCAUCCUCGAACCCGCAACCCGAUCGCGGCAAUGCAAAGCUCAACCCUUUACGCGUAAUCAUCCGAACGUUUAAAGGCUUGGUCUCGUCUCAGUCCCGGCAAUGGACGGCGCGUUUCCGAGCUUACAGGGACGAUACGGCGGCGUUUUCGGAGCACUUCUUCGCCGGAGAAGAUUUGAAGCGGAGCGGUGGGUUAGGGAUCGCCCUCUUGAGCGUCACGGCUUCCGCCAAGGUGAAGAUUAGUCCUUUCGUGGCGACGCUCUCGGCGAAUCCGACGUUUGUGUCGGCGGUGUUCGCGUGGUUCUUCGCGCAGACGAGUAAGAUGGUUAUCAAUUUCUUUAUUGAGAGGAAGUGGGAUUUGAGUUUGCUGUUUGCUUCUGGUGGAAUGCCUUCGUCUCACUCGGCGUUGUGUAUGGCUUUGACGACCUCUGUUGCGCUUUGUCAUGGAGUUGCGGAUUCGUUGUUUCCUGUUUGUUUGGGGUUUAGUUUGAUUGUGAUGUAUGAUGCUAUUGGUGUUAGGCGCCAUGCCGGUAUGCAAGCUGAGGUUCUGAACUUGAUCAUAAGGGACUUGUUCGAAGGACAUCCCAUCAGUCAAAGAAAGCUAAAAGAAUUGCUAGGUCACACUCCUUCACAGGUUCUUGCAGGAGCAUUAGUUGGUAUUGUGAUUGCUUGCUAUUGUUGCCAAGGCCAUCUAGUUUCAGCCUAAGAUCUCCUUAACUCAUAAGUUCUGCAUUAACUUAAAAACUGGGUGCUUCGAGUACGGCUUAGUAUCGAUUUGGCUAAGAUUUGAGGUUGUAUCAUAUGUUGUGUUCAUCAAUAGAGAAAACUGUUGCUUCUUCUUUAUUUUAUUGAGUUUUUGUAAUCUCUAGAAAAUACAAUGAGAGAACAUUUCAUUACAUCAUUUCAAAUA